AUGUCGUCGGACUACACCUAUGAUGAGCAGGGUCAAUUCUUCCCCUUCUUCAUCCUCACCUUGACCGGCUUGGUUACCCUCCCUCUCACCUACAACCUUCUACGACCGAGCAAAGAGCUCGAGAACACCGCUCCCCGCAUCAAGUCCGACUUCAAACCGGAACAUGCCGAUCUUAUUGACGCGCAGAAGCGCAAGCGCCUGCGCAAGGAGCGCCGAAUCAAGCGCAUCGUCACUGUCAUUCUCGGAUACGCCGUAAUGGCGUGGAUGGUGUAUUUGAUCGUUGUCACAGCCAGAACCGUGGUCAAGGCUUACGACCCUUAUGAUAUUUUGGGCGUCUCGAGGAGCGCCGACGAGAAAGCUAUCUCCCGACACUACAAGCGCAUGUCGCUGGUUUACCACCCCGAUAAAAUUCGCCCCGACCCCGCCAAAAAUGAGACCAUGGAGACGCUCAACGAGCGCUUCGUCGAGCUGACCAAGGCCUACAAGGCUCUCACUGACGAGGAGGUGCGCAACAACUACCUGCAAUUCGGACAUCCCGACGGCAAGCAGAGCUUCAGCAUUGGUAUCGCUCUUCCCCAGUUCAUUGUCAUGGAUGGCAAUGGCAAGUAUGUUCUCUUGGUUUACGGUGCCCUCCUGGGUGUGCUUCUGCCGUACAUUGUCGGCAAGUGGUGGUAUGGAUCCCAGCGCUACACCAAGGAGCGCGUUCUUGUUGCCAGCGCCGGAAACAUCUUCCGCGAGUACAAGGACGACAUUACCGAAGGUGGCAUUGUUGGCGCUUUGUCGUCCGGUGAAGAAUUCAAGGAUAUGCUGAAGGGCGCCCAGGCCGAGUCUGGGCUCGCUAAGCUGGAGAAGCGGGUGCUGGCAGAUGAUAACUCGUUCCUUUCUGCCAAGGACCGUGAAGCUCUGAAGCUCUCGGACAGCUCCUCGCGCCGCAAGGCUCUGGCUUUGCUCUGGGCUUAUCUUGGCCGUAUCGAUCUUGGCGAUGCAUCCCUCGAUGCUGAAAAAUAUGAGGCCGCUCCUGUCGCUCUCUCCCUCACUGAAGCUUUCACUGCUAUUGCUCUCGCAUUUGGCAACCUCGGACCCAUCGUUGGUGCUUUCAAAACUUCCCAGAACCUCAUCCAGGCCGUGUCUCCGGGCUCUUCUCCCCUCCUUCAACUUCCCAACUUCACCGACGCUGUUGUCAAGUCCGUGGAGGGCGAAGACUCCAAGGAGCACCUCACCAUCCAAAAGUACAUGGAACUUCCCGAGGCUCAGCGCCGCAGUCUGACCGUUGGCGCCGGUCUCCUCACUGAUAAGCAAUACACCGACGCCAUCACCGUCGCCAAGCAGCUCCCCGUUCUCCAACCGGAGAGAAUUUUCUUCAAGGUUAUGGGCGAGAAGGUCAUCACCCCCAGCAGUCUGGUACAGCUGGUAGUCAAGGCGCGCUUCAUUCCUCCCGGCAGCACAUCCGUGCCCCCUGUGAACCCCUCCGAUCUUGAGGACAUUGAUCCCGACGAGGACGACCUCGAGGCCCUGAUGGGACGCAAACCAGCCAAGAACCGUGCCACCAAGACGGAGGACGGCAAGAAGGUCGAGUCCAAGAUCGAGACCAUCCAACCCCCUCUCGCGCACGCCCCGUACCUGGCUCGCGACCACUCCCCUCGCUGGAACAUCUUCCUGGCAGACGCCAAGCAGGGUAAGAUGGCCGUGCCCCCCUUCACAUUCACCACAUUCGACAAGCCGAUCUUCGACGAGGCCGGCAAGCCGACCUACAACGUCCAGACCCUCAAGAUGCAGUUCCAGGCGCCCCCACAGGUCGGCGACUUCACCUUCGUCCUCCACAUGCUCUGUGAUAGCUACAUGGGCCUCGACAACACAGCACAGAUCACCUUGCACAUUGACGAUCCCGCCAAGGCCGUGUCUUUGGAAGAGGAGGACGACAUCAGCGAGCCCGACGAGGACUCCAUUGCCGGCCAGAUGCAAGCCAUCAAGACCGGACAAGCGCCCAAGAAGAAGGCCAAGGAUUCCGACGACUCCAGUGAGAGUGACACCGACGGCGACGCGGGCGAUACCAGCGAUACCGACACGGAGACGGAAGACGAGGAUUGA